UGGAUAUUAGAAAUCGUUCGUUGACCAGCGCAAAUUUGAUAAACGAAAUUAAUAGGAAAGAAGAAAAUAAGAAAAUGAGAAACGUAAAAAUAACAUACACGCGUUAAAUUUCAAUCGUAAACGAGUUACAAAGAAAGAAUUCGUUUAUUUCCUCGUUGUAAGAUUUAUAAGAUUAAUUAAUUAUUUAUUUAUUAAACGUAGAGUGAUUUGACCUAUAAUUGAUACAAAAAAAAAAAAAAAAGAAAGAAAGAAAGAAGCAAAGCAAUACAUUGAGUUCGUUGAAAAUAAAAAGAGGAAAAGAGAGAAUUAUUCGAAAUAUGUUCGAUACGGUAUACGAAAAAAUAGAUAUCGGAAUUAAUUUUCCUUCGUGUGGUUUUUACAAACAAGUUGUAUCUAAUAAAAAUGAUUAUCCACCCUAAAAGCAAUAAGCGCGCACGUAUGAACGAAAUCAAGUUGAUGGCACGCGAGUCUAGUGAAUGAAUACGUGUACAUGUGUGUGUGUGUGUGUGUGUGCCUGUAUUACUGACGCAUAUUUGUUCAGUCCUUCUUCAUUCUCUCUCAACAGUUUUCUAAGCCGAAUGCUCGCAAUAUUAACAGACCGAGACAACCGCUAAUCCUCAACCACAUUAUUUUCACCGUUGCAAAUAUGAUAUCUCUUCCUCUCUUUCUCUUUCUCUUUUGUCUUUCUCUCUUUUCCUCAUAUUAAAGAUAUGAAAAAUCUCGAAAGAAAGCUGUUAAAGCGAUCUGUGAAACUGAAUCACUUCUAAUAUCGAUAUAAUAGCGACAGUGAUGAUAGUACUUCAGAUAUACAUAUAUAUGAUGUUUGCACGAGCCAUACUUUUUCUCUGGAAAUUCAAAAAAAAAAAAAAAAAAGAACUGACCUGGAUCUCUAAGAUAAGCAAAAAAGGAGAAAAAGAGAGAGAGAAAGAAAGAAAUGCAAAAACUGCUUACCAAUCCACGGGCUAUGUCGAUUUAAGUAACAGUAGUUAAAAAAAAUAAACUUUUUUUUCUUUUUCUAUGAAUCAAAUCAAAUUAUAUAUAUCGUAUCAGAUUUAUAUUAAUUCAUCAAAAAUUAUCUUUUACUAUUUUCAAAAUGAUCUAAGAAACCAAUCGAUGAUGAUAGGAUCGUACAUUUAUAAAUACAUAAGAUUUAUAUCUGUAUCACUCUAUUUAAUCAACUGGACUUGAUCAAAAUCGAAAGAAAGGAAAUAGAGAAAGAAGAAGAUAAGGGUAUUUGAGUUCACGGUUUUAUGUGUGUCAUAGGACGAAGAAAGGACUCGGAUAAUCGAGAUAAAGAGUUACGUUUAGGUCGAUCGAUAAUGAGCUUAAGGUGGAUUCACGAGAAUUUGGAAGCUCCGACCUGCGACGAGGAGUGCAGUGACAUUGAUGACAGUUGCAGUGACGAUAGUUACGACACCGAUCUGUCACUUUGCAAGAAGGACACUGCAACAAUCGAGGACGAGAAGAAGGGCUUGAACGGCGAUUCUCGUAAACAAAAACGAGAAACGAGGAAACAUCAGAACACUAUAGUUACCUUCGAUGAAAACAGUCAACAAUCACGAUACGAGACAUCCGAGAUUAUGUACACCCUUUCGCCCUACGUAAUAUGGGAUCCACGGCAACCAGCGGAAAACCCAAUUUAUAAUUCUCUCGUCAUAAAACUUUACUGUCGUACUGGUUAUCACCUCGCAAUCACGUCAACUGGCAAAGUUCGAGGCUUACCCGGAACGAACGAGACAGAUGCUCUUCUACACGUAACACCGGUCUCCUUCGGAGUUGUACGAAUACAGGGUGUUGAGACACAACUAUACCUUGCAUUCAAUAAAAAGGGCUACUUAUAUGGAGAGUCCAAUAUGAACAAGGACAACACCGAAUGGGAACAAUGGUCUGUUGGAUCUUACGAUGCGUUUCGAUCACGCAAAUACGUAAAUUUUGGUUGGUGGAUCGGUAUAAAGAAAAACGGACGUGCGAAAUCCGGUCCGAGAACGGUGUGGGGACAAAAGGCUAUACAGUUUUUAGCAAUAAGACAAGAUCAACAAGAUUAAUCGUGCGAGACAUAUCUGUUUUUCGUUUUUCCUUUUUUUCUUUCCAUUAACAUCUACGCUUCGAAUUAGUCAUGCAAAGGAAUUUUAGGUAAUCGAAAAGAAAAGAAAAUAAAAAAAAAAAAAAAAAAAGAAAAAUAAUAAUAAAAAUAAGAAAGAUACGCUUUGCGUAAUCCAAUAGAAUAUAAUGUUUAUUAUAACACUGUGUUACUCAACAAUGGAAUAGUUUGAGAUUGUGCAUUUUGCUUGUGCCCUCGAACUGAAACUUUUUCGCAAGUCGCAGUUGUAAUUCGCGGUACGCUCGAUUAUUAACAUUCAUAAUUGUUAUGCUGCAAACAUGGUGCAACAGGUCAAAGAUAUUCAUGAAAAUACGAUCGAAAUAUUCUACAUACUCUGCUUGCAGCAGAGAGUCUAAACAUCGAUUUCUUAUUUACUCGAUAGUUCCGAUCGUAGUAUGUGUAUGUAUGUACGUACAAUAUGUAAUUACUUGUCGUGUGUAUAAUGUGUGCACAUUAGCACGCUUCUGUGUAUAUGUAUAUUAUAUAAUAAUAUUUUAUAUAAUUGGUUUUA